AUGCCAGUCUCCGAAUAUUACACAAAACUCAAAGAUCUUUGGGAUGAAUUGGAGACAUAUCAAACCUUGCUUAUCUGUAACCAGAUGAAGGCACAUAAUGAACAAAAAGAAGAAGAUCGGAUGAUGCAGUUUCUUAUGGGCCUUAAUGACACCUACAACGGUGCUCGUAGCAACAUCCUCAUGAUGACGCCAUUGCCAAAUGUUCGUCAAGCCUACUCACUCGUCAUUCAAGAUGAAACACAGCGCCAAAUGGCCUCGGGUUCCACAGAAAAUUUUUCCAUUGCUGCUGCGAUACAGAACCACUCUCACAAUUUCUCAAAUCAUUCCAAACAUUGUGCUCACUGUGACAGGAACGGCCAUACAAUUGAAGAAUGUCGGACGUUAAAGUUUUAUUGCCCAUAUUGUGAUAAGAAUGGCCACACUGAGGAUCGAUGCAAAUUCAAAAAUGGGACAUGGGUUUCCAACAGUACAGGACCCCAGAACAAUCGGCACCACCAAGGACAUAGAGGAAAUCUACAGAAACAGAAACCAGGAAGCAACCGUAGUCAGCGAGGAUCCUUUCAUGCUGUCAACGCAGCAGACGCAACCCAAGUUAGGGCUCAGCAGCAAUCCACAGUGGCACCAUUGUCUCAUCCGCCAACCUCUCAACAGAACCCUCUCCAUGGGCUUUCUGCAAACCAGCUUCAACAACUAGCCCAUGUUGUCUCUCUGAUAAAUUCAAAUAAUGCUUCUGGUAAUAGCCAUGCUUAUGCUAAUGCCACAGGACUUGGCUACGGGGAAGAUGAUUGGCUCGGAGUUCCCACACAUUCAGGGGCCCAUUUCUUUCUUACCAUUGUAGAUGAUUUUACUCGAUGCACAUGGCUCUUUUUGAUGACACAUAAAUCUGAAACACAAAAUAUUCUCAAAUCUUUUGUUACCUUUGCUCAUACUCAAUUUCAUGCCACCGUUAAGGCUAUUCGGGUAGACAAUGGUUCUGAAUUUUUGUCCAUGAGAGAUUUUUUCCAAACUCAAGGCAUCGAAUAUCAACGCACUUGUGUUUACACUCCACAACAAAAUGGAGUCGUUGAACGCAAGCAUCGCCAUAUUCUCAUUGUAGCUCGCGCAUUGCGUUUCCAAUCCCACUUGCCUCUAUCUUUCUGGGGUGAAUGUGUCUUGACCGCUGUCUAUCUCAUUAACCGCCUACCCUCCCCACUAUUAUCCACCAAAUCCCCUUUUGAACUACUCUACAAUCACCCACCAUCAUUUGAUCACAUGAGAGUUUUUGGUUGCCUCUGUUAUGCCACAAUUGUCCACCCUACUCAUAAAUUUGACCCUCGCGCUCAACGUUGCAUCUUUGUUGGAUACCCCACUAGUCAGAAAGGUUACAAACUUUACAAUUUAGAGACUAAGAAAUUUCUCGUUAGUCGUGAUGUCAAGUUUUGUGAACACACUUUUCCUUUUUCUCACAUUUCCACCCCCACAGCUUCCACUUUUGUGCCGCUCCACCUUUCACACGCUGGCCUUGAUCACAUUGAUCACUGGACCCAACACACCCAACAUGCUGAGCCUGGCCCCCCACUCGAGCCAUCCCAACUGAGUCUCACCCAGCCAUCCACACCUGACACCCCUCCAAUCACGUCAUCCCAUGGACCCGCGCCUGACGAGCCCUCCCAUCUUGACAGCCUAAUCCGACCUGUGUCUCCCCAGCCCCCCUCACACGUCCCAACAUACCUGUCCCCCCUUCCAGCCGAUCCUCCUUCAUCUCUUUCACCCACUUUCGAAUCAUCUCUCAUGCAUAACCAUCCCCCCAACCCCAUUCCUUCUAUUCCCCUUCCACGCCAGUCCCUUCGUCCUAAGCAACCCCCUGUUUGGCAUAAAGAUUACCACCUGUCCAACCGAGCCGGUCACUCAACCUCAGCGCUUUGUUCUGCAUCAGGUACUCGACAUCCACUUUCUCACUUUCUUUCCUACUCCCGUUUGUCUUUUGCACAUUCUGCUUUUCUUGCUAACAUCUCAAGUCACACCGAACCUACAUCAUAUGCUCAAGCUAUCCUUGAUCCCAAUUGGCAACAGGCCAUGACUGUAGAAUUAGAGGCUUUGCAGCACAAUCAUACUUGGAGUUUGGUUCCUCUUCCCCUUGGUCAUAAACCGAUCGGCUGCAAAUGGGUUUACAAAAUCAAAUACAGGUCCGAUGGCACCAUUGAGCGCUACAAAGCUCACCUUGUUGCUAAAGGAUACACUCAGGUUGAGGGAAUUGACUACCAAGAAACCUUUUCUCCUACCGCCAAACUCACCACCCUCCGCUGUCUACUCACUAUUGCUGAUGCCCGCCACUGGUUCAUCCAUCAACUGGACGUUUAA